AUGGGGUCUGGGAAUUCGAAGCUCAACCCAGAAGGAGAGGUUGUGCCUGCCAAACUCCGGCCCCUUUUACGCCGAUGGUUUGAUGAGAUAAGAAGACGGAAAGAUUCCAACAUGUCGAAGAAAGAACUACUCGUUCAUGAUCAGGGCGUUGAAGAGGAUGUAAGUUCCCAGCCUCUGUCUCAACAUGAAAACGAGAGAAAGAGCAUGACCUCCACGUCAGAUGAGAGUGUAGCACGUUCUUCAAAGGUAGAGGACGAGAAGCCGAAUGUGGUACCUGUGCCUGCAGAGUCCGACAAAACAAGUAAGGAUGUUAAGGAGCAUAAGGAUGAGGAGAAAUGUGAAAAACAGGAUGAGAAAGAUGGUGCACGUAAAGAUGAAGAGAAAGAGGUCAAGGUGGUUGAGAAGGCGGUGGUUGUAGAGGAAGUUCUUGUAGUUGUGAAGGAAACUGCGGAGGAGGAGGAGGAGGACGAUGAGGAGGAGGAGGAAGGGGAUGAGGAUGAAAAGGUUACAUUCGGAUCGCCAAGUUUCAGGGUCCUAAUUAAACCUCUUAAGAUGGUUGUGAUUAACCCCAUGUAG